UGCCUACAGAUACUGUUUGUUUGGCAACACAGUGACCCUGGCUAAUAAGAUGGAGAGCAAUAGUAAGCCGGGUCAGGUGCACAUCAGCGAAGAGACUAAAAGGCGUCUAACUCGAGACAAAUAUUUCUUUACGGAUUGUCAACAAAACGUCUUCACGUUUCGCACAUAUUUUGUCACCAAAAUCGAUGACAAUUAUAGCGAGGAGUCGUGCCUAUCGGUGCACAACAACCUGAGCACCACUGGAGGCCACUUCAAGUCGCCCACGUGUUCGCCCACUCAUACCCCCAACGCCGAGACGCCGCCCAUCGGUGUCUCACCCAAUGGAUCGCCGCGUGUUUCGCCCGCAAGGAUGCCGACAAUGAAAUGCAUUUUCGCCUCAAAACCUCACAAACAAAACCUAAGAUCCUUGUUAUCAGGGAAUCCCGUCUCAUCCGAAGUGCCGGACGUCCACAUC